AUGAACACCAACUUGCCUCCAUUGUCAUUAUCAAUUCUUGGUGUUGAACCUCUCGAUGAAUUCAUUCGAGAGAUCGCUGAUUUCGUUCACCAUAUGAUCGUGACGAGACCCGUUCAUCCAGAUGCAAAAGUUGAGGUAGAAGCAAAACUUGGUAUCCUCAGGGACCGCACAAGUGGGCAGCGCCUAAUGCUGCCAGUUCUUGUGGAGACAAUCUUAAUCCCGAACGAGGUUGACCUUCGAUUCGAGUCCAAUAUGUCUCUUACCCAGCACAAGCACUUCAACACCAUGCUCAACGAUCUGAAACUAAUAUCAUCUCAACCGUCUCACCCGACGUCUCCCCUCGAGUAUACCCAUGUCAAGGUGAUCGACUCAUUCUAUUCAACCGAGGAUCGAGAAAAAAUACGUGUUACCCGGGAGGAGAAGACCAAUACCGUUCUUGAAAUAACGCGCAAAAUAAGGCUUGGGGAUCUCAACAUAUAUAGUCCCAAGAGGGCGGUGGAUUGGAGGGUCAGCGUGUCGCUCGAAGUUCCAGUCCCCCAUCCCAUUGGAUCUCCAACCCACGUACGACGGAAAGAUAGGAUAUGCUACUCGCACGAGGAGUUCAACAUCGACCUGACCCAAGUUCAUUCCAAUAAUAAUGCGGCACCCAAUGCACCGACUGAAGUUCUUCAUGAGUUGGAGGUGGAGAUCGCUCGCCCAGGACUGCUGCUUUCGACUGCCGCCAAACGCGGGGAUCCAAAUGUGUCAGAACUUGACCGCAACGCGUUUGAUGAGCUGAUUCGAUCGUUUGUCAAUAACGCCAGAAUAUUGGUCAAGAACGCGAACGACGGCUGGCACACGUAG